UCUUCAAUAGCCCCAACCUCUGUAAUACGAUCUUUGGGUCUAACUCCCAAGCUUAAGGAACGUCGAUCAUCACAGUACAUCAUAUCCUGGCUUUUGCUCGUGUUCAUCUCGUCUCCUCAAUGCUUCUACUUUUAUUAACCGUUAACCAGUUAACCAUACAGAAUUCUAUUAUUCUGUGGUUAGUAAAUUGCUCCUAGUCCAAUCCAAUCCAAUCACUCUCAAUAGUUGGCAGAACCUUGUGCCAGUAAUAUACUUCAUAAUAUAAAGAGUUGUUCUGGUUGAUAAAUAAAAUUGAUAUAUUUAGAGUUUACCACAUGCCAUAUAUGCAGCUUUUCAUAAAACAAAUACAAAAUGAUUCUUCUUGUGUUAGUGUUUCUACCUCUACUCAAAUGUUUUGCUGAAGAAAAUGUCACUGUACCCCAAGAUGAAUAUAAAUGUUCUUUACCAGAUGUUACAAGUAUUGAUGAUAAUCUGGACAUUACCAGAUUUAGGUCAGAUUUCUCAAAAAUUUCUGAGGUAAAAUUUCCAGGUCUUAUUGGUCCGUUAAAUGAGAGAUUAAUAUGCAAAAUAAAAUGCAUAGAUGGUAAUUGGGUUGGCCCCUUAUGUUCUACUACAGCUGAUGGCAGGUUUCAACCAAUAUUGCGUGAAUGCUUUUACCGGGAUGACUAUAAGUUAUUAUCAAUUUCAUUCAAGAAUUCAUCAAUUGAGAAGGAAACAUACUUCCCUCAUGGUUCAAUAGUUACAUCAAAAUGUAAGCAUUUCGGAUUAUACAAAUUGAAAGGUGAAAGCCAAGUGAGAUGUGAAAAUGGAGAAUGGAGUCCGAAAUUUCCUGAAUGUGUUCCCACUACAUUAGUCACCAACUUUACAGGUGAUGCCCCACCAUCCAUACAAUAUAUAAUUGUUAGUGGUUCAGCAGUGGUGGAGCCCUCUGGUGAACUGUUUGUAUACCCGGAAAGUACGCUAUGGCUUGAUUGUAUUAUACCUCGAGUUUCCGGAGACCCAGAUUGGAGUUGGACACAAGCUUUAGGGCAACACAAUGCAGCUUGGGCAACAGACGACGGAGAGAAGGAAACGCACUAUCGCUUGACAUUAACAAAGAUGUCAGCACGACACAGUGAUCAGUACACAUGCACUUCGUCCGGAGGCCAUACUAACACCAUCAUCAUUAAAGUUGUUAGUGUUGUUUGUCCACCAAUAAAUGUGUCAUCGCCACGCAUUCGUCUCUUCUCGCAAGGAUGGAGACUUGGUCACUCUGUUCAUUUCAGCUGUCAACCGGGCUACCACUUAAAUGGUUCGGCAAUAGUUAACUGUAUGGGUAAUGGUCAUUGGUCUGCAUUGCCACCUACAUGUGAAGAAACUUUCUGUCCGAUGCUAAGAACGUUGGGACCUCACUUAAGCCUUGUAGAAUACAACUCUUCAUAUGGAGGUAGAGCGGUAUUCCAGUGUUCUUGGGGUUAUAGGCUCGUAGGCGCACCAGGUCUAGAGUGUGAAUUCGAUGGAAGAUGGUCAGGCGAUAUACCACAUUGCAUACCUAUCUAUUGUCCUAAUCCGAUUGUGCCAGAAAAAGGACGUUUAUUAACACAAGCAUCCACUAAAAAUGGAAAAUAUGCUGUAGGUGAUUUAUUAAUUUAUGGAUGUGACGAAGGAUACCAUGUCCUAGGUGAACAAUCGAUUGUAUGCACCGAGAAUGGAUUUUGGUCACAUCCUCCGCCAUUUUGUCUACGCCCCUCAGAAAUAAGGAAAGCAGACACAAUUUAUAUAGAAAAUACAACUUUAGUACACUUCGAAGAUUAAGUAUAACCAUACAACUC